CUAUGGCCUCGAUAGUAGUGGUGAAUCUUCUUUGUGUGAUAUAGAAGCAUCGAUUUCCCUCGCUUUCCCUUGGUAUUGAAACUUUGUGCAAUAAUGACUUCCUCAAUCUCCAAAGUUCUUUUGCCAUUUGUGCUUCUGGCACCAGCUGCACGCGCAGCCAGUCUAGCUGCGACUCCUUUGGUAUGUUCGAGUCCAGCAUUGAGUUGUAGCGGUUCCAGUACCAAUACUUGCUGCUUCAAUACUCCUGGUGGUCAAAUGGUCCAGACCCAAUUCUGGGACUCCAAUCCUAGCACAGGUCCUUCCAACUCUUGGACAAUCCACGGUCUAUGGCCCGAUCACUGUGAUGGUACCUAUGAUUCAAAUUGCGAUACCAGUCGUCAAUAUUCAAGCAUAACCAACAUCCUUUCUGCUGCUGGCCAAACAUCCUUGCUCUCGUAUAUGAACACCUACUGGGUCAGUGAUGACUCUACCAAUGAGGUGUUCUGGGAACACGAGUGGAACAAGCACGGAACUUGUAUCAGCACUCUUGAGCCUUCUUGCUACAGCAGCUACACCACCGGUGCAGAAGUUGUAGACUUCUUCAACGUUGCUGUUGAUCUUUUCAAGAUUCUUCCUACCUACACAUGGUUAGCCAAUGCUGGCAUCGUGCCCUCCACCACCAAAACCUACACCUCUGCUCAAAUUCAAGCAGCCAUCACCGCCGGUUUCGGACACCCUGCCACCAUUCAAUGUACUUCUUCCUCUCUCGAUGAAAUUUGGUACUCCUUUGAAGUACGCGGUUCCGUUGCUACCGGAACAUUCGUUCCCAUUACUCCCGUCGGUCAAUCUGGAAACUGCCCCAGUACCGGCAUUAAGUACACUCCCAAGUCCGGCUCUGGUACUCCAACUACCACCGCGACUGCUCCUGUUGGCACUGGCAGCUUCUCUGGAUCUGGUUAUUUGGAGGCAUAUGUUGGAAGCACCAAUAACGGAUGCUUGAUUAGUGCAGGUACCUGGUACACUAGCGGUACUUGUGCUACAUACACUGCCACUGCUUCUGGUACUGGCUUCACCCUCAAGUCCUCCAAGGGAACGUGCGGUAUCUCCGGCAGUACCUUUUCCUGCGGCGCCGGUGUCUCUACCGUUUUCGGAUCCUCCGGUGGCUACCUUACAUACGGCGGCUCAUCUACCUUCUACGCAACCGCCACCCCAUCCGGUUCUACCCAAGCAACCGUUUACACCUCCAGCCAAAGCGUCUCUGUCGAGUUCGCCUGGAGCGCUGUCUAGAUGCUUUUUCUUUACUCAUCGCGUUAGUUUACUAUGUCGGGGAAAAAAAGAUCAAGGUGGUGAAAAGGGGGCGGCUCAAAAUUAUCAAGACUGUGGUGUUGUAGCAUGGAAAGACAAGCGCAUGACAAGAAAACGAUUGUAUUUAGGAAAAGUUCGAAUUUUGCACAAGAGCAUGAAU